CCGGACUCGGCCUGAUUUUUCCAUCCCCGUCCCCAUAGUAUUAUUAUUAUUAUUAUUGUUGUUGUUGUUCCAAGACACUCUCUCCCUCCCCCGCCUCCUCUCCCCCUUCGUGAAUGUCGACCCUUUUCUUUUUUUUCCUGUCUCUCUCUCCCUCCCACCGACACUACUCAACUCUCUCCUUAAAUUUCUCACCAUUCCUUGACACACCUGUCCAUGGCGUCUCCCCCGCCUGACCAUGGCCCCAUGAAUCCCCCCCGACCAUCCCCCGGAUCUUCUUGCGCCGCGAACUCUCCCUCAGAUCCGACGGGCCUGUCCUCCUCACCCUCCGCAGCCCCACCACUAGCAGAUUCUCCGGCGCGCCCGCCUACCCAGCGCUCUGCCACCGUGGGAGCCCUGCUCCUGCGCGAUUAUGCCCUCAAUAUCGAUCCCUCCGAGACGGCGAGCGGAAUUCACACCGAUCAUUCGACUUCCGGACUGGCCGAGUGCCGUCGCGAGACCGGCCAACCGUCGGAGAUCCCGCGCGAGGACUCCGCAGUGCCGUCGCUUCCGUCGCCCUCGUUCCUACACCUGCGACAGACCGCGGCCUUCUCCGGCCACCAGCGGAACGCAUUGUCCAGUGAUUCGAUCCCCCGGCAGACCAUCCUGAAAGCCCUCGCAUCCCGACCGUCCAUCUCCGCUCAAAACCCCAACAUGCCGCUGGCGGCCUCCCUGGGGCUCCUGCCGACGAAUUCUCCCAACCCCAAUUCCUCCGACGAGCCCACGCGUCGGGCAUCGAUCAACUCCUCCCAGAAGCUGUCGGCCGCUCUCUCCAACCUACAACUCGGAUCGUACGUCGAUUGGGCGGCCCCGUCGGCCCGCCUGGCCCUGCAGUCGCCCUGCUUCUUCCACCAACGGUUCGACGACGCAGUCAACAUCCAGAAAGUGCUGGAGGAGAUCACAGAUGACGAGUGGCUGUCGCACUCGCGGCUGGUGCAGACGGCGACGGGCGUGCGGGAGGUGUCCAAGCAGUUGCAGCGGCGGCCGAUCAAGCGCGCCGUGCGGACCGUGAUGAUCGUCACCAAAGCGCGCGACAACAGCCUGGUGCACCUCACGCGCGAGCUGGCGGAGUGGCUCCUGUCGACGCCGCGGUACGGGAACGAGAUCGGGGUCAACGUCUACGUGGACGCCAAGCUGCGCAAUUCGAAGCGGUUCGACGCGCAGGGGCUGUUGGAGAAGGACCCGCGGUACCAGGACAUGCUCCGCUACUGGACGCCGGACCUGUGCUGGUCGUGCCCGGAGCGAUUCGAUCUCGUGCUGACGCUAGGCGGGGACGGGACGGUGCUGUUUACCUCGUGGCUCUUCCAGCGCAUCGUGCCGCCCGUUCUCUGUUUCUCGCUGGGCAGUCUGGGCUUCCUGACGAAUUUCGAGUUCGAGAACUACAAAGACCAUCUGAAUGCCGUGAUGGGCGACGUCGGCAUGCGAGUCAACCUCCGCAUGCGCUUCACGUGCACCGUCUUCCGGAAAGACCGCACCAAAGGCGCUGAGGCCGGCGCCGUCGAGGAGGGCGAGCAAUUCGAGGUGCUGAACGAGCUGGUGAUCGACCGCGGCCCGUCCCCCUAUGUGUCCAACCUCGAACUCUACGCCGACAAUGAUCUGCUGACCGUCGUCCAAGCUGACGGCUGCAUCUUCUCUACCCCUACAGGCUCAACCGCGUACUCCCUCUCCGCCGGCGGCUCCCUGAUCCACCCCUCCAUCCCCGGCAUCCUCCUCACGCCGAUCUGCCCGCACACUCUAUCCUUCCGGCCGAUGGUCCUCUCCGACACCUCCCUCCUGCGGAUCGCGGUGCCGCCGGGGUCGCGCUCCACGGCCUACUGCUCCUUCGACGGCAAGGGCCGGGUGGAACUGCGACAGGGCGACUACGUGACGGUCGAGGCGAGCCAGUACCCGUUCCCGACCGUGGUGUCCGGUAGCGGCGAGUGGUUCCAGAGCGUGCAGCGCGCGCUGCGGUGGAACACGCGCGGGGCGGUGCAGAAGAGCUGGUCGGCGGCGUUAGUGGUGGACGGGGCGGAUGGCGCCGAUGACGAGGACGAGGACGAGUGGGACAUCGACACCGACGCCGGGCUGGCCGGCACGGACAGUGGGCUGGGACCCAGUGAGGACGGGGACGCGGGCUCGACCAGCCCGAUGAAGCGGCAGAUGAGCAUGCUGAGCAUGUAGAAGUUUUGCUUGAGGAAAGUUAUACGGGACUUUUCUUUCGGAGUUGGUCAGGAUAUACAUACAGGGUUUUCACACACAGAGACAUACAGAGCCAUUGCUUUUUCUCGCGUAUACUUUCAGCGCGAAUGUCGGUUGAUAUACUACUAGCUUUAUAGACUUUGGGAUUAAUGGGUAUUCCCAUGCGGGAAUCAAUGUGAUAUCUCGAGCAGAGACACAGAAAUUAUACCAACAUGACUUCUAU